ACGGCCGCCAAUCGUCUAAAUAGCGGUCUAACUGGCCUAAUAAACAAAGCGUCGAGCAUUUCAAGCCCAAAUCAUAAGGAUGAGUAUCCAAAAGUUGUUACUGAAUCUUCUAAUUCUCUAAGGCAAACUUUGCAGAAUUCUGUUCUCAACAGAAAUAUCACUCAUAGUACCUCUUCAGAAAAUACCACUCCAAUGAAUGAAUUGCAGUCGCUGAAACUUACCGAUUGCCUUCCUUGUGAAUCUCAUGAAAUUCUGCAACAAGAAACAGAACGUGCAUCUGUUAUUCAAGAGGACGCACAAUCUGAUUGUGAUAUUAAAGUUUCCUCAGUGACAUCCUACUUCAUUUAA